AUGCUUAAGACGUUGCUUUACACGACGCGUCUACUAGCUUUCUUGCUACCUAGCAUCGCAACCGGCACACCCAUCCGCGUCAUUCAAGCAGUUGAAAACCUAGUCGUAUUCGGCGAUAGCUACUCUGACGAAGGCAGAUUGGCAUACUUACAAGCUCACAAUGGCACGUCACCCCCAGCAGGUACAGGCAUCCCUACAUCGAAUAUGACUGCUAGCGGCGGUUAUACAUGGCCUCACUUUGCUUCGCAGCAGCUCGGUGCUACGACGUACAAUUACGCGGUUAGCGGUGCUACCUGUUCUAACGAGAUAGUAUACCGUUAUCUCGAAUCUAUUCACGGACCUUACCCGUCUGUUAUCGACUACGAAAUACCCGCAUUCCUAGCAGACGUGAAAUACGCCUCAGGCAAGGGAAACGGCACCUUUCUUUCGAAUAGGAAGCCGUAUAACACCGUCUAUGCUCUUUGGAUAGGUACUAACGAUCUAGGGAAUAAGGGAUUUCUCACGGACUCUCAGAAGCGCGGGGCAACCAUUCCAAACUUCACCGACUGCAUCUGGUCCGUUUUCGACGCCGUAUACAGCACGGGAGGCCGACGCUUUGUAUUAUUCACCGAAGCACCUCUGGACAAGUCACCACUCUACGCUUCGCCCCAGAACGGAGGAGUAGGCGAUACUCGGUAUUGGUCAAAUAAAACAGCCUACAACACAACCGAAAUCGAGCAAAAGAUGCUCGAAUACACAACCAGCGUGAAUAAGAUAUUCUCCUACGGCGUACCGUUUCACCUCCUCGUAGAAGACAGGUGGCCAGGUGCCUCCUUUAGCAUCCUAAACGUCCACCAACUCUUCUUGGAUAUCAACAGCAACCCCUCAGCAUAUCUGGACGCACCCGCAAACUCGAGCGCGCCAUAUUACGGAUGUCCCGUCACGGCAUCAAAUAACGUAACCUGCACGACUUCUAAGAAUUCGCUUUCUAGCUUUUUAUGGUACGACGAGCUACACCCAUCGUCGAAAGCAGACGAGAUUAUCGCCGGGGAAUUUGUAAAACUACUCCAAAAGACUUCAGAAUGUAAGUUGAGUUAUACACGAAAUUUCGAAGCCCGAGCCGAACCUCGUCGGCCUGUUUCAAGACGGUUCGAAUAUCGAAAUGCUAACAUGUUAUAG